AUGUCUACAGUUGAAUCGCCACCACCAUCGCCGAAUUCUCAAGGCGCGAGUACAGAACCAAAUACACCAGAACCAAGCAAUGAUACCAGUUUUGCAAAGCUUCUUCCCUUAAACCGUCUUGCUCGCUUAGCAAUUAAUGCCACUGCUCGGAGUGGCUCGCAAUAUCACGAGAAAUUUAUCGGCAAAGCAAUUUUCGAUAAUAAACCCAUCAACUGCUUUGUUCUUUCACUACAUAACAUACCCCACUUUCCUCACAUUGGGUGGAGGAUCGGUCAAGGUCGCGAUUCAUUAAAGUAUCGGGGUGUUGACCUUCACCUAUGCUUAAACAAUCAAAAAGAUACCGGGGUUGCAGGUCUUCAUGCGCGUUUUAAUUGGGUUAAGGGAGCUAGUGGCUUCUUUCUCAUUGCCGAUAACAAAGCAGGGAAAAAGGUCAUAAUGGAUGGAGAGCCUUUCGGAACAGAUCGGUGUCUUAUUCAGCCAAAAAAUACUAUUAUGAUCGGAGAGUGUGUGUUUACAUUGCAAUACACCUAUCGUAGUCCAGACGAAGAGGAACAAUUCCAGACUGAACUACGUCAAUUUUUCCGCAGCUUCUAUGGUGAGCAAUAUCCUUUGAUACUGCCUACUCCUGGCGAAAACGAUUCCCGGUUUAAGGAUUGGAUAUUUCAACAACCACUUUCGAGAGGCUCAUUUGGUAUUGUCCAUAUGGUGAUCAAUUCACGGACAGGACGUCCUGCUGCAGCCAAACGGAUCUUGAAAUCGGAGAGGAAUGAGUAUAGUGUGGAUAGAGAGAUAAGAAUGGCCAGGAAGAUUUCUGAGCUUACUCAUGACAGGAUCAAAAUAUAUCUCGACGAAAAGUGGGCACCUACAGCAGACAAUCUCACAGCUGAAUAUAUCAUCAUAUCGCCAUUACUUAAUACAACAUUCCGCUCGCUAUAUAGCUCUAAUAUGUCGAUUACAGGGAGAGAAAUUUUCUUCUCACAACUCCUAGAAGCAAUUGAUUUUCUUCACACAGAAGGGAUCUCACAUCAGGAUGUGAAACCCGACAAUAUACUCGUGAGGAGCUAUGAUCCGCCAGACGCAAUGCUUACAGACUUUGGAUGCGCAUCCGACAAGGCGGUUAUUCUUUACGACAAGCCAGGAACAAUCCCAUAUCUUGCACCGGAGCAAGUAGAAGGAGAGACACAUGGGAAAGCCGUUGACUAUUGGAGUUGUGGUAUUGUUGGAUCUGAGUUGAUUCGCAAAAGACCAAUUCCUGCAAGGCUUCUACCUGGUAAUGGUCUUGCUGAUUACCGGAACUCACUUGCGGACUCCAAAUUGGCAAGAUGCUCUAGAGCCAUGUUGGAAGUUGAUCCAGUAUGCCGAAUGACAGCUGCUGCCGCUUUGAAGUUUUUUCAUACUCCUCAAGUGCAACAGCAGCAUAUGUUGAAUAAGCGACCGAUCGAGCUCAGCCAAGCUUGA